AUGUCAUCCCACUCAAGCUGUCUUGGUCCCAUCAUCGACUCCAUUGCCGCCGGUUUGCAUUUAGAUAACAGUCGAGACCAAGCAACCAUCGACCAUGACCAACAGCAGGCUCUAUCAUCAUGUAAAUGUCGAUUUGGAGAACUUGAGCCCCAUUCACCGCCGUUCAUCAACGUGACACAAUCACAGUACCCAUCCCGCCCUCAAGAUUCCUCUACAGACCAAGAAAAGCCUCUCAUUAACCUCCAAGACAAUCAUAUGAUUGAUUAUCCCUCGACCCUGGAGCAGGAAAUCGAUUGUCUGUCUGACGAUCUACGUAAAUGGAGCUUGCGGAUUUUCGGGUUUGCCGAAAUCGCCAUGAAGGAAUUCAAGACGCACGACCUGAUUGCUCAAAUCUUUGAACAGACUCCUGGCUGGAAAGUGACUCGGCACGCGUAUGGAAUUCAAACAGCCGUUGAGGCGGUCUUCACACACGGCAGAGGCGGUCGGACGGUAGGCUUCAACUCGGAAAUGGAUGCUUUACCCGGGAUUGGGCACGCCUGUGGACAUCCUUUGAUUUGUAUCGCUGGGAUUGCAGCUGCCAUGGCUACUGCAGAAACUCUAAAAAAGACCAACACCCCUGGUAAAGUAGUGUUACUUGGAACCCCAGCAGAAGAGACGAUUGGAGGCAAGAUCCAAUUACUCAAGCAGGGUGCUUACCGGGGCAUGGAUGCUUGUUUGAUGCUACAUCCUGGUCCGUUUGGUGGGAUGUUGCCGAUGCUCGCAAUCAGCCAAAUCAAGGUGGAAUAUUUCGGGAAAAAUGCUCAUGCCGCAGGGGCUCCUUGGGAAGGCAUCAAUGCGCUCGAUGCUGCGGUAGCAGCUUAUACUAAUAUAUCACUUCUUCGCCAACAAAUCCGACCGGACGAGCGAGUGCAUGGCAUCAUUCAAGGCUCAGAAAAUUGGGUUUCGAAUGUGAUACCGGAUUAUGCUUGGCUCAGAUACGACAUCCGAGCGCCUACAAAGGAAGGGAUGGAAAAACUUAAAUCACGCGUCUUGAAGUGCUUCCAAGCAGCUUGUGACUCAAGUGGAUGUCGAAUGAAAAUCGAAGAAGAAAUGGUCUAUGCUGAUUUGGUCAACAACUUACCGUUAGCCAACGAGUACCAUCAGUACAUGGAGAACAUCAUGGGGAUUGCCGUUCCUAUGGAAGGGCCAACACUUGGGUCAACUGACUUUGGGAAUGUGUCAUAUGAAGUCCCCUCGAUUCAUCCCAUCUAUGCCAUUCCAACCUUACCCGGCCAAGGGAAUCACACCCGAGGGUUUACCAAAGCCGCCGCGACGGAAGAAGCACAUUGUCUCACUUUGAAAUCAGCCAAGGGUAUUGCUGUUGCCGGUUGGAAAGUCUUGGCUGAUAAAGCGUUCGCUGAAGAAGUCCGCCAAGCUUUCAAGCCUUAG